AUGUACCAGGUAGAGAAGCCUAGUACAGUACUUUACCAGAGUGCUGUCCAUUCAAUGAUAAUCGUUGAUGAAGAUGACGAUACCUUGUACACGUCGAGGAGGCAGUGCGAGGCUGAUCAAGAGCCUGGGGUGUCGCAAAGGCUCCUCUUCUAUUAG